GGAGAGAGUCAGGACGGCAGGGUGGAGAAGGAAGGGACCGAGGAGACGAUAGCAGCCGGGCGGCGGGGAACAGGAAUAUUUACAACAUUUGAAUUCCUCUGUUUCUCCAUCAAAGCACAUUGUCAUCAAAGCUACUUGCACUUUGGGGUUAGAAACAAAGCCAAUUCCAGGAAUCGCUCAAACAACUUUGCUUGGAAAUUUCCAGCAAUACUUAAAACACAAUUUUGUAGCAAUUCUUUAUGAUAAACUGUAAAAUACAGUUGCCUGAAAAUGACUGACAAGUCAAUCAUCAUUCUGAGCCUGGUGGUUUUUCACAGCUCCUUUAUAAAUGGAAAAACAUGUAGACGGCAAUUGGUGGAAGAAUGGCAUUCACAACCGUCAUCAUAUGUGGUAAAUUGGACACUAACAGAAAACAUCUGCGUGGACUUCUAUAGAGAUUGCUGGUGUUUGGGUGUAAACACUAAAAUAGAUACUUCAGGCAAUCAAGUUGUUCCCCAGAUUUGCCCUUUGCAAAUUCAAUUAGGGGAUAUCCUUGUAAUUUCUUCUGAACCAUCUCUUCAAUUUCCAGAAAUAAAUUUGAUGAAUGUUUCGGAAACAUCUUUCAUUGACUGUAUGCAAAAUACCACAACUGAAGAUCAGUUACUUUUUGGUUGCAGACUAAAAGGAAUGCACACUGUUAAUUCCAAGUGGCUGAGUGUUGGGACACAUUAUUUUAUCACAGUCAUGGCAAGUGGUCCAUCACCUUGUUCACUGGGACUUCGACUAAAUGUGACAGUGAAACAGCAGUUCUGCCAGGAAUCUCCGAGUUCAGAAAUUUGCUCUGGUCGUGGUAAAUGUCUUAGUGAACUUUGGAGCAAGAUAUAUAGUUGCCAUUGCCAGCCUCCAUUUUCUGGAAAAUACUGCCAGGAACAUGAUGCAUGUUCUUCUAAACCAUGUAAAAAUAAUGGCAGUUGCAUUAAUAAAAGAGGAAAAUGGGAUAAGCAAGGAUAUGAAUGUGUCUGUCAUCCCCCAUUUACAGGAAAGAAUUGCUCAGAAAUAAUUGGCCAAUGUCAACCACGUAUCUGUUUCCAUGGAAACUGCAGCAAUAUUACUUCAAAUAGUUUCAUCUGGGACUGUGAUGAACAAUAUUCAGGUCCGUUUUGUGAGGUGUCAACAAAACCUUGUGUUUCUCUGCUUUGUUGGAAAAGAGGAAUUUGUCCAAACAGCAGCUCUGCUUACACUUGUGAAUGCCCAAAAGGAUCUCCCAGUCAAAAUGAUGAAACUGAUGUCAAUGAGUGUUCAUUAAUACCAUGCCAGAAUGGCAUUGACUGCAUCAAAAUAUCAAAUGAUGUUAUGUGCAUCUGUUCACCAAUAUUUACAGACAUGCUUUGUAAGAGCAUUCAAAUGUCAUAUGAGUCAUUCCCUUUGAAGAAUACCACUAUUUGUAAGAAAUGUGAGAAAGAGGAUCAUUGCAGUUGUAUGCCAGGAUUUACUGGAAAAAACUGUGAGAAAGUAAUCGACCACUGUAGGCUACUCAGCAUCAACUGUCUGAAUGAAGAAUGGUGUUUCAAUAUAAUUGGAAGAUUCAGAUAUGUAUGCAUUGUAGGGUGCAGAAUUAAUCCAUGUUGGUUUGUGAAGAACAUUUACUCGAUUCAUCAACAUCCCUGCUACUGUGGAGUCACCUGCCAUGGUAUUUGCCAAGAUAGAGGUCCUGCACAAUUUGAAUGUGUGUGGCAAUUGGGAUUUAAAGGAUCUGAAGAUGAAAACUGCCAAGGGGUUAUUGAUGCCUAUUUCUUUCUGGCUGCAAACUGCACUGAAGAUGCAAUCUAUGUGAACAAGCCUGAAGACAUUAAUAAUUCAUGCUGGUUCCCAUGUGAAGGCACAAAAGAGAUUUGUGCAAAUGGAUACAGUUGUUUACAUAAAGAAGACAGUCAGGAAUAUCAGUGUCUAUGUUUUAUCAGAUGGGCUGACAACAUAUAUCUAGAAAAUACAACUGAUCAAGAAAAUGAGUGUCAACAUGAAGCUAUUUGUAAAGAUGAAAUUAAUAGACCCAGCUGUUCUCUUAGUUACAGUGGCAGAUUGUGUGUUGUCAAUGUGGGCUAUUGCUUAGAAAACCAGAGUAUAUCAGUGCAUGGCCUCUGCCUGGCCCAUUUGGACAAUUGUAACUGUAGCGAUCUGCAAAGAUAUGAAAGGAACAUCUGUGAGAUAGAUACUGAAGACUGCAAAUCUGUGUCCUGCAAAAAUGGAACAACCAGUAUAUAUUUAAGGGGAUAUUUCUUCUGCAAGUGUGUCCCAGGAUUUAAAGGCAAGUUUUGCUUAUUUUUUCCUGAGAAAUUAAAUUCUCUAGUAAAUAAUGUUGUUAAGGUAUUUAUUUGAUAUAUUUCCAAAGUAUCUAUUGACUGGUAUUGUAGUCUGAUUUCUUAUUUGGCAAAAUUUAAAGCAUGUAUUCGCUUGAAUAAUAGGAUUGCUUCUUUGAGUAAUUUAAUCUGACUACAUAGCCUUGCUCAGACAAAUAAAGACUAAUAAGGCCAAGCUGAAGCAUUGGGAAUAUGAUGGUGGAUGUCAAAGGUCUGAAGAGAAAAACAGGCAGCCAUAAGCUCCAAAUAAUUCUGCCUAAACAGCUUAGUACUGCAUUUCAACCUUUUGUUUGGCUGCAUAAGCACAUGGAGUGACAAUUUUUUCUAGUUUAAGAAUAAAAUUUGGUUUUAGUAUUGUCUAGGUCAGUUUGAUGCCCUGAUGUUAAUAACAUUUAAGAAAAAAUAAAGUCACAAACAUACUAUAUUCACUGUAUAGUCAUAGAGGACAAGAUUCACAGUGCAGUAAUAAGGCAGCUUUUAAUAUUAUCAGAAAUGAAGCAUUCAAGUUUAAUUACUUGAUAUUUUAUGCUUAGGCUUACAUUGAAAUGAUUAUUUGUGAUUUCAAACUUAUUAUCAUUACCUUAUAAAAAUCAGAACAGUGACCAUACAGCAAAAAAUUACAUUGUCACUUAUAAAACAAGUAAAUAUUUUUUAAAGUUUCGUUUAGUUUGAUAUUCCAUUUUAUUAAGCAGACCCAAUUCUAAAAGUUAUUUGGAUUUUCAUCUUAACAUGAAAAAUAUUUUCCUUGCAUGGUAUUUAAAGUAAUAUGUUGAAGGUUUUGGAAGCAAUUUAAAGAUAAGUUCCAAAAAUGGAAAUGGUGAUAUCAUUGGAAUAAAUGUGUGGCCAUCCAGAUUAGGUUUUUUUAAGGCAAAAUAAAUUUGAAUGCAGAAAUUCUGGUAAGCUUGCUAAAAAGUUGGUCAUAUUACUUCACAUUCAAACAUGUUCUAAGUAAAAAUAAAAUUGCAUAAAUGUGCUAUACCAUUUCUUUAACAAUCUUCCAUAUAUCACUAAAUAUACAGUUAAGUAGUAAUUAUACAUAUAUUAACAAAUGAAUUUAACUCUGCAUAAUGUCAUUACUGAAAGAAAAUGUAAUUUGCUAUAA